CACUGCUCCGCACCGGUGAGGCCGCCAGCCGCCGGACACCGGCUCCGGCGACCCCCACCCGCAGGGAGCAAGCGGAUGGGAGGAGCGGCAGCCACAGAGUGGGGACUCCUCUCUCUCCAGAUCGGCGGAGAAGGAAGGCCGGAUGGCGCGGAGCGGCGGCGGCGGCGGCGUGAAGGGCGGAGCAAUAAUGGGCAGCGGCGGCUGGAGUAGCAGACCGCGGCAGCGAGGGACGGAGCAAGGAGGGAGGGGAAGGAAAUGGCGUGCGACAAUGAAGAGAGGGACGGCAGUUUAGGGGAUCUUCCUACCUAGCAGGUUCGUCGAUUCGAGUUCAUCCACCUGCAACUGCUAGUAUUAACAAUAUCAAUAGCAUUGCUCCACCUUUCUGAAACCGAAUUGGAAAUAUGCAUCUUUUUCAGCUCGAAUAAACUGGUUUGAUCUGCUUGAUUAUAACAAUGCAGAUCAUCUAGGUGUGAAGCUUUUAACGAGUAAUUUGGUUUGGUCAGGUCAAACAAAAAUACAAAACACGGCCGGGCAAAGUAGAGCAAAAGAUAUGGUUGAGCCAGCCAUCCUAAGUGUGAUUACCAUAUGAAAAGUCAGUAGGCAAGGAGACAAUGCUGGAGUGGUUACUGCUAACCAUGUGCAUAUAUACACACUGGAUCAACGUGCGAAAUGAAUCGGCCUCUCACUUUGUGCUUGUGAGCGAGCGAGGGAGAGCUAGACACAGUCAUGGGUAUAUCAGGUGCUGUGGAAUGGUGGGAGGAGUGGCAUCUGCGCAUCCUCGUCCUCAGCAGCCUCUUCAUCCAGUACCUCUUGCUCUGCUCCGCUCCCUUGCGUAAGUUUGCUAUUCCUUCCUGGUACAGAUCCAUCAUAUGGCUCGCAUACCAAGGCAGCGAUGCUGUGGCCAUAUACGCCCUGGCCACCCUCUUUAACCGCCAGAGGAGUCAGGAUCAUGGUAGCGGUACUUCUGCAAACAAUAGUAGCAUCCUGGAGGUGGUGUGGGCACCGGUUCUCCUGAUGCACCUCGGAGGGCAGGACCUCAUAACCGCCUACAAUAUCGAAGACAAUGAGCUGUGGACGCGGCACAUCCUCACAGCUGUGUCCCAGGUCACUGUAGCUAUCUAUAUGUUCUGCAAAUCGUGGCCAGGAGGCGACAAGAGGUUGUUGCAGGCAUCAAUCUUGUUCUUCGUCCCUGGGAUUCUCAAAUGCAUUGAGAAGCCCUGGGCUCUCAAGAGUGCUAGCAUUAACAGCCUAGUAAGCUCUUCCUGUCAUGCUCCGAGGAGAACUGCCACCAGAGAAGACGAGAUCAAUUCGCUUGAAGACUACGUGCAAAAGGCAAGGGCUUUUGCCCAGACCGACCCUGGUUUCCAAGCACAAGAAGGUGAUGCGGUCAACCAUGGGGCUGACAAUUAUCUUUCUCAAUCACAAGGAGAAGAUAUUGUGGUGGACCUUGAGGCCAACCAUGGAUCUCAAACACAGGGAGUGGCUGCCACGGUGGAUCUUGAGCCCGAUCAUCAUCCUCAGACCUCAAGGACAUGGAUAGGUCGCCUAAACCAAAUAAAGGAAAAAAUGGGAAGCCACGUAAGCCAAAUAAUGGAGAAAAGGAGAAGCCACCUAAACCAAAGGGAGCCAAGAUUGAGAAGGCGAGAUAAUGACUAUAAUGGGGACCCUGAGACCUACAGGAUAUUUGUGGACCUUGCAUCGCCGUAUCCUGAUCGGCUUGUGAUCCUAAAAUCCUUUUGGGUGCUUGAUGGAAAACAAGCAUACAUUUUAUUGCAGAAUAGAUUGUUCAGCAUUUUCAAUCUUCUCUACACAAAAUCAAAGAUACUCGGCAGUUUUAAAGAAGAGGAAGACCCGAGCGGGUUGGAACUUCUUUCUCUGUACAUACGGUUAUCGGCUAGUUUAUUGCCAUGGGCAGCCAUAGGCCUAUUCCACAAGAGUCACAGAGAAGCUUAUGAUGAUAAUGAUGUCAAGGUUACAUAUGCCUUGUUCUGCUGUACUGCAGUGCUAGAGUACUGUUCCUGUGCUUCCUUUGCCUUUGCGAAAUUUACUUUUCUAAAGGUAUUUCUCAAUGCCAUACUCAAAGUCAAAGAUAGCCUCAUAGGCCAAUUUAAUCUGGUAGGAUUCUUUGCUCGUAACAGAAGGCACUCCAGGAAGAUGUGCAUCGUUAAUUUCUUUAACUGCAAAGACUUUCUUGACCAAAAUUGGUCCAUGAAGCCCUGCAAGUUAUCCUUUGCAAUUCUAGAUUUGGUUCUUAAGUAUGUGAAGAAGGGGUGGGAAGAUCAAAUAAAAGAUACUGACAGCUACUGGAAGUUCAACGAUCGCAGGGGGCAAUGGACUCUUCAGUCCAACAAUUGCGACAAAGAUCUCAGUUGCAGCUUAAGGAAGCCAUUCGAUGAGAGUGUUCUUCUCUGGCACAUCGCAACGGAUUUCUGCUUCUACUACAUGGGCGCAUCUGCGUAUCACCAAUGUGCCACUGCUCAGUGUAUUCAAGAUGCUUCCGGUGAGGGUCAUGGGUGUGCUGUUUGGUGUGAAAGAUCUCAUCAUCACAAAAGAGCCAUCCAGUGCAGAGAAAUCUCCAACUACAUGAUGUACCUACUGUUUGUCAAUCCCGAGAUGCUACUGCCAGGCACUAGGCGAAAUCUGUUCACAGCUGCCAAUUCUGAGCUAAAGAAGAUCCUCAAGGAUGACAAUGCAUCACUCAAGAAAAUUGUCAAGGGCGGCAAGCCUUCGCUCAUGGAGAUCCUCAAGUGCAAUAAACCAUUCUGCAACUUCUUCACAGUCAAAAGGCCAUCGCUCAAGGAAAUCGAAAGAGGAUUUACACAGAGAAUAAUCGCGAAGGUACAGCCCAGGGAAAACAGAGAACAAGUUGUUGAACAUACAGACUUGCCACUGGAUGCGGAGACAGAUGCAACUACACAAGAAGGUUUUGUCCAUGAUGCAUGGAAUCUUGCCAAUGGGCUGCUGCAAAUGCGUGAUGAGAAGAUGUGGGAGGUAAUCGAAGGCGUGUGGGUGGAGAUGCUCUGCUUCUCGGCUAGUAGGUGCCGAGGGUACCUACAUGCCAAGAGUUUGGGCACUGGUGGGGAGCUGCUCACGUAUAUCUGUCUCCUGUUGUCACACAUGGGGAUGGAGACCUUACCGGAGAGGUUGCAGAGGACGGAACUUUCAAGUGGAGGAAAUGCCAGGGUCACUCCAUUGACUUCCCAGGUACCUGGGAGCGAGGACCCACCACCCUUGAGACGUUGGAGGCCUCAUGAAGCUGCUGCUGCUGGGGCAUCUACCUCUCGACCUCAAGAAAUACAACCAGCUGAAUAACCUGAGAAGUUAUUAUCUCCGUGUUGUUUUAUACAUGUCUCCCAGGAGGUGAAGAAUAUUUUGCAAGUCACUCAGGAGGUGUUUGAUCCCAAGUAUCUUGGACUAGCUGUACCAGAGGGUAGAAUGCAUAAAGGGAAGUUUCAGACUUUGCAAUCUAGGCUAAGUAAGCGGCUAG